AUGGCGCCGCUGAGGGACUGCAAGGCCUGGCAGGAUGCUGGACUUGUCCUGUCCACUACUAGCAAUGAAGCCUGUAAACUAUUUGAUGCUGCGCUGACCCAGUAUGCAACCUGGGCCAAUAAUGAGAGCCUCGGAGGUAUUGAGGGGUGUCUCUCAAAGUUAAAAGCAGCAGAUCCAAAUUUUACAAUGGGACAUGUCAUUGCUAAUGGUUUGGAGCUGAUUGGCACUGGAAGUUCAGUGCGGCUCAACAAAGAGCUGGACAGUGCGAUGAGAACAAUGAUGAUGCUUUCAAAAUCACAGCCACUGACUGAGCGGGAGAAGCUUCAUGUAUCAGCGCUGGACAUGUUUGCCAGUGGCCAGCUUCCAAAAGCUUGUGAUCUAUGGGAACAGAUUCUGCAGAGCCACCCAACUGACCUGCUAGCCCUCAAAUUUUCCCAGGACACUUAUUUCUACCUGGGAUAUCAUAUACAGAUGCGAGAUUCUGUUGCUCGGGUUUAUCCUUUCUGGACACCUGAUAUUCCACUAAGCAGCUAUGUGAAGGGCUACUACUCUUUUGGACUCAUGGAAACAAACUUUUUCGAUCGUGCUGAGGAGCUUGCCCGUGAGGCUUUGGCUAUAAAUCAGACGGAUGCGUGGUCUGUUCAUACUGUAGCUCAUGUAAAUGAAAUGAAAGCAGAGGUGAAGAAAGGGUUAGAAUUUAUGAAGGAAACGGAAACCAACUGGAAGAACAGUGAUAUGCUUGCUUGCCAUAAUUACUGGCACUGGGCUUUAUACUUUAUUGAAAAGGGUGAAUACGAAGCUGCUUUGACAAUUUAUGACAAUCACAUUGCUCCCCAGUGUCUGUCAAGUGGAAGCAUGCUGGAUGUAGUAGAUAACUGUUCGAUGCUGUACAGGCUUCAUCUGGAAGGUGUAAAGCUUGGAGAUAGGUGGAACAAUGUUCUCAAGCUUACAAAGCAGCACACCAGAGAUCACAUUCUUCUGUUCAAUGAUGUACACAUCUUGAUGUCCUCACUUGGAGCCAAAGACCAGAAAACCACUGAUGAGCUUUUAACAAGUCUUCGGGAACUUGCCAAAGCACCUUGUGAAGACCAUGAGCUUUCCCUGGCUCCUAGUUUGGGGUUGCCACUGUGCCAAGCUUUUGUAGAGUUUGAAAAUGGAAACUGUGACAAAGCUGUAGACCUGCUGUACCCCAUCCGUUAUCAACUAAUCCAGCUAGGAGGCAGUAAUGCUCAGAGAGAUGUUUUCAGCCAGUUAUUGAUUCAUGCUGCUUUAAAUUCGAAAUCACAAGCUAAACAAAACCUUGCAAGGUGCCUCCUGAGAGAACGUGAUGUGAUGAGACCAAAUUCACCAAUGACAGAGCGACUUAUAAGGAAGGCAGCAGCUGUUCAUUCAAUGGCAUAAGUCUUUCCUCUGUGCUUCAGCUGAAAUAGCAAUAAGCUUACCAAUCAAUAUCUGGGUGCAGGGAGUGGAGGGGUGCUAUGCUGUAAACCAUGCUGGAGAUCAUAGUGGGUAAGAGCACCCUAUGAGUCAAAGAUCUGACAACAAUUUCCUUAAAAAAUAUACAGCUGUUACGUUUCAGGAAGUUGUACCUUAGAUGAUUCCACAAGGAAAGAAGAAGAUAACCUGCUGAUAAUGCACAGCUUUCUGAAGCAUCCCAGGACACUGCUUUUCUGGUAUAUUUUCCUGAAAGUUCCCCCUGACCCUGAUUACAUGCAGUACAGUGACAGUGCCUGGAUUUCAGUCACUCAUUGGCCCAUUUGUUACUUCAUUAAUAUGUUAAAUAAUCAGUAAACUGCUCAGGUAAUUCAGAUGGACCUUUUGAACACAGCUAAUAGGAAAGUAUGGGGCCAGAGCCAAUACAGGCAUAAACUGAAUUCUGUAUCAGCUUCCAGUCCAUUCAGGCAUGAGUCACAGACUCCGACAUUACAGAUCUGUCUGCAUUCAGGAUCUCUUUCCAGGUGCCUGUUUUUAAACUCCCUCUCAUAAAAUGUUAAACUUUUUCCUUUCAAUACAGCACCUCAGAGCUUUCUGAAAUUACUAUGUGAAUGAAAGCAGACAAGAGUGUAAUAGCUGACUGCGACUAUUCUAACAUGGGUACUCCCUUGGCACUUUUAAAUCUUUCAGAAAAAAAGAAAAAGACUGGAUUUCAGCUAAAACAGUACCACCUCUCAGUGGUAGUUUGGACUGGUGCCUUUGUGCUUACCUGAGCUUUUUGCAAGUGAGGCCUCACUACCCUCUCAAUGGCACAAGUCCCUGCACGUUAGCAAAGUAGAGUUUAAAGCCAAUGUUAAAGCACGCACUUUAUAGAGGUAUCUCAGAGCAGGUGAAGAGUGGAAGGGAGCUUCCGCCGUAGAAAGAGAGCUAAGGGGAACUGACACAAAGCUUUGUCCUGGCACAAGUGAUGUGACAAGCUUUGGUGCUACACAUGAGGCAUGAUAUGAGCCAUGUACCUCUAUGAAGUUCUGGUGCCCUGGGUUUCCUGCAGCGUAGGAGAGGUAACAGAUUGUCUUGUAACAGUAAUCUGGAAGUCCCUAAUGAAGGGAAAGAUGGCAUUUCAAACCAAAACUGCACUAAUGCCUCCUCUUCUUCUUCCCGAAUAGAAAUGCCACACCCUUCAACUGCCCAAGCCCUGGCUUUGGUAUCACAUCUGCAAGCUCUCAUGGGCAUGCUCAUGCCUGCCCCUCUUUCCUGUCCAGCUCAGGCUCUUCCCCAUGUCCCACAGCAGCCCCAUCCCACAUAGUUUCCUCUUGACCUAAAAAAGCACUUCCGUAGCUGGCCCUGCACCCCCCCUGGAAUUCCUGCAUAGAGGAAUAAGAUGUGGAAGUGCCUUACUGCCACCCUUCUUCCCCCAGCCCUCACUUGAGGAAAAAAGUAGUUUAAAAGUCAGUGAUAAUUUGUGAAACCAGAUAAGGGUAUUGCAUCCUUGCCUGCAGCCUUUUGGAUCUUGUGGACAGCCGUAGUUCCCUGUUCUGCAGCUUCAUUGCUGCUUUAUCUGUCCAGCCAUGACUGUGAUUGGCUCACUCUGUGCUAAAGUUAUACUAGUUUUUUACUAUUAUUAAUCAGUGCAUUUCAAGCAAUGUCUUUAGACAGAUAACUUUUUAAUUGAGGAAUAUAAAAAAAAAAUCUUGCUAGGGAACAAAAGCCUGAGAAAUCUGCUGGCUGUUUAUGAAGCAUUUCAUUUACGUGUUCCAUUGCUACACAAAUUUAAAAAUGACAUUUGUAGUACUUUUGAUACAACGCG